UCUCUCGGGACAUGAGCUGCGGACGUGUCAAAGAUUUUGUGAUAUUUUGGUUGACCCCAAAGAAGUUAUCAAGGAUGGUUGGAGGACGGUGAGACGGAGCAUGUCCGUUGAGAGCAAUGCUGCUGUAGAGCAUCAGGAUUUCGUCCCCGAAGUCUGAAUUGGAAGAUAAAGACCAUAUAGUUGUCUUAGAUUUGAACUAAGACAUUCUGUCAAAGAUGGGUAAUGGAAUAAGUAAGAUCCUACCAGAUCUGUACCUUGGUAACAUUAAAGAUGCACAGGACCGGGAGCUGCUGGCAAAGCACAACAUCACACACAUCCUCUCAAUCCAUGACACAGCUGCACCUGUCCUGGAGGACAUGACUUAUCUCUGUAUAUCUGCGUCUGACCACUCAAAGCAAAACUUGAUUCAGUACUUCAGAGAGAGCAUCAUGUUUAUCCAUGAGAGCCGGCUGAAAGGAGAGGGCUGCCUCAUUCACUGCGUGGCAGGAGUGUCCCGCAGCGUAACCUUGGUGGUGGCUUACCUCAUGACAGUGACGGGACGAGGCUGGGUGGAGUCCCUGGCGGCGGUCCGGGCUGCCCGGCCGUGUGCGGGCCCCAACCUGGGCUUCCUGCGGCAGCUGGAGGAGUUCGAAAACAUGGAACUGGCAGAGUAUCGAGCCUGGUGGACGGAGCGGUACGGGAAGAGCUCCUUUAAUGACGAUGAGGAAAUUCAGAAUCUUAUCAAUAAAAAAUCUAAUAACAGUGUCGACAGCAGCAGCUCUGUCAACGUCCCCCCAGUUCUGGGACCAAGUCACACAUGAAAAAAAUAUUCUGCUCUCAUCACCCUGGGCCUACAAAUCUGAGGACUGUUGGAAUUGCAUCAGCAGGAACGUUCAUCCAGGAGUUCUUUGGUAUCAAUGAUUUUGAAUCUCGUGUUUGCAGAUUGGCCGGGGGAUUUUAUACCUCUGUUGUCAUGUCAUGUCUUGGCCUCUAACUGUCAAAACAACAUGCAAGGGCAGCCAAGCGGGACCCCAAGGAAGUAUGUACACAAAGUCCUGAGUGUGAACACACAGUUAGUAGCGGACACUCCCCCUCUGUGAGUUAUGUUAUGCUGUGUCUUGAACUUGAAAUAUGAGUAUUAGUUUCUAUGCAGAGUGGAAACUAAAGAACAGUUUCCCAGUAAACAUACCACAACAUGUGUUUUUUUUAUUACUUACAGUAUUAUUAAUAUUAUUUGAAUUUAUUUGUGUUGCCUUAUGUCCAGCUAACAGUAGCCUAUGCAUAAAAAAGACAAACAAUUGUAUAUUGUGGAAGUACAUUUUUAUUAAUGUCAAAUUUCACCCACCCACUGAGGGAGUUAUGAGUUCAUUUCAAACAGAUUCAUUUAUUUUUAACUAUUUUGACUUCCACAAAUUUAACUAAUGUUGCUUUUGACACAUUCGUAUCUAAGAUGUAUCCAAAAAGUGUUUUUGUUUUGUUUUGUUUCUAAAGAAUUCAUGCCCUAAACCUUUUCAUGUUUUGUUAAGUUACACCCAAUAAUUUUAAUGUUUUUAUUGGGACUUUAUGUGAUGGAUGUAUACAUGGUACUGCAUAAUUGUGAAGUUUAAGGAAAAUUAUGCACGAUUACCAAACCGUAUUUGAUGUAUUUUUUUAGAAAUAAGAAUUGCAUAAAUAUUAUCCAUCCCUCCUGAUUCAUCUUUGUAGAACCACAUUUUGCUGAUCUUUUAUGUCUCAACGAUUUUGCACAUUAAACUGAGGCUAUUACCAAUAGUUCUUUAUAAAUCGCCUAUCAGAAUCUAAUUUGAACAUCACAUUUUCAAGUCAUUUUGAAUUAGUUUUUUUUUCUAGGCUUUGACUAGCCCAUUUUAGCAAUUAAUUCAUCUUUGAUGUAAAACAUUCCAUUGUAGCCGUGACUGUCUGCGUAGGGCCGUGUCUCCCGUCUAAAGUGUUUUGCAACAGACCUUCUUUCAGAAUAAUCUCAUAUUUAGCUCUUUCCACCUUCCCAUUAACUCCAGCCAUAUUUUUCCAUCCCUUGCCCAGCCUGUCCACGAGAUGUUCAAAGCCUGGGAUAUUGUUUUGUAAUCUUACUCUGCAUUAAACUCUCCAUAAUAUUAUUCCCGA